UUAUGCGAGUAUAAAGUAGAAAGUGCUACAGACGCGUAAACAGACAUCUGCCUGCGUUCACGAGAAGAAGAGACAAGAAAGAGUGGCGAGAAUAUGACUUUCUACAUCCAGAGUGUGCAUUCCGGAAAAUAUCUCGACGUCAAGGACAACAACGAAAACCCCGGAGCAGAAGUUAUUAUUUACGACUUCCAUGGCGGCAAGAACCAGCAGUGGAAAUACAAGGACGGCAUGAUCAUCAGCAAACUCAAUGGACUUGCUCUGGAUAUACAAGGAGGUUCCGAGAAUGGAAAGAUCAUACUGUGGGACAAACACGGAGGAGACAACCAGAAGUGGCACUUCGACGAAGAUUUUACGAUCAGGAGCGGACUCGGUUUCGUGCUGGAUGUGGAAAAAUCCGCAACAGAUAACAAUAGCGGUCUCUUGGCUUUCUCCAAACACGGGAAAGACAACCAGAAAUUCCGGAUCGUGCCCGCAGACGACUGAGCCGCGAUCUAGCACUGAGAAACACUCAACUUUCUAAAUAAAAAAAUAAAGCUUA